AUGUUGUUCCGAGACAGUUCUUCUGAUAUUUCACUUUGCUUGAAAGGUGACGACACAGAUGCUUGCUUUUGGAUCAUCAACAUCACGCUGCCAAUCCUUUACUCGCUAAUCUGCGCCUUCGCCGUCGGAAAGACUUUCCGCGACAAGCGCGCUCUCGACAAACUUCAGAUGGCAGAAGCAAUGGGCGGCAAUGAAGAAGCUGCCGCUGAAAAUCCAGCUUUUGAUGACAUCGAAAAAUCAGCUGAGAAAAGAGCUGAAAUUGAAAAUCAUGAUGAUACUGAAUUUUAG